AUUUUGAAAACACCAUAUAGCUAGUAGUAUUCACGUGAUUGCCAAGGGCUUUACGCAGAUGUAGGGGUAAAAUAAGCAUACAUCGUAUGCCUUCGAUAAAUAAGUAAGAACAGUUUGUUGUGUGUCAGUUUUAGGCAUCAUAUCAUCAAUGAUACAUUUAUCUCCGGAAGACGUCGUUUGAAGCUUUACAGUCGCUGACAGCUGUUCCGAUACAGAAAAAUGGAGCAUAUCCGAACGCCAAAGGUGGAGCAGGUGCGGCUGUUGGAUCGCUUCAGCAACAAAAUCACAAAUGGCACACUGUACCUCACAGCUACACAUCUCAUCUUUGUGGAGAGUAGCGCUAACAAUUCGACCUCUGCCGGACAGGAGGUCUGGAUUUUGCAUCACCAUAUAGCCUCCAUGGAAAAGCUCUCCCUGACCACCUCAGGCUGUCCUCUGGUCAUCCAGUGUCGUAACUUUAGAGUGGUUCAUUUUGUGGUACAGAGAGAAAGGGACUGCCAUGACAUCUACAGCUCACUGCUGCAUCUUUUGCGGCCUGUAUCCUAUGAGGAGCUCUAUGCAUUCUCAUACAACCCCAAACAGAACGACCAGCAGAGAGAGGAAGGAUGGCAACUCAUUGACCUGGGGGCAGAGUUUGAGAGGAUGGGUGUCCCCUGUGACCAAUGGCAACUCACUGACGUCAACAGAGACUAUAAGGUGUGUGAGACAUAUCCACGGGACCUGUAUGUUCCCAUCACAGCCAGUAAGCCUAUUAUUGUGGGGAGCUCCAAGUUCAGAAGCAAAGGACGCUUUCCUGUUCUCACAUAUUUCUACCAAGAGAAAAAGGCAGCAGUGUGCCGAUGCAGUCAGCCUCUGUCUGGGUUCAGUGCACGAUGCCUAGAGGAUGAGAGCAUGCUGCAGGCAAUCAGCAAAGCCAACCACAACAGUCGAUUUGUCUACGUCAUGGAUACUAGGCCGAAGUUAAAUGCGUUGGCUAAUCGAGCUGCAGGUAAAGGCUACGAAAACGAGGACAACUACUCCAACAUCCGCUUCCAGUUUGUUGGAAUUGAAAAUAUCCACGUAAUGAGGACCAGCCUGCAGAAACUGUUAGAAGUGAUUGGGACUCGGUCUCUGUCCAUGAGCGACUACCUGGUUGGCCUUGAGAGCAGCGGCUGGCUUCGGCAUAUCAAGGCCAUUGUAGACGCAGCCGUCUUUCUCGUCAAGGCAGUGACAAUUGAAGGAGCCAGUGUGUUGGUUCAUUGUUCAGAUGGAUGGGACAGAACGGCCCAGGUCUGCUCCCUGGGGGUGCUCCUCAUGGACCCUUACUAUCGUACCAUCAAGGGCUUCAUGGUACUGAUAGAGAAAGACUGGAUCUCCUUUGGUCACAAGUUUGCAGAGAGGUGUGACCAGUUGGACGGGGAUCCCAAAGAGGUGUCUCCUAUCUUCACUCAGUUCCUAGAGUGUGUCUGGCAGCUGACCGAGCAGUUCCCUCAGGCAUUUGAGUUCAGUGAGUGGUUCCUGCUGCAGAUCCACGAGCAUGUCCACUCCUGUCAAUAUGGAAACUUCCUUGGCAACAAUGAGAGGCAGAGAGAGGAGCUGCAGCUGAGAGAGCGGACUCACUCACUGUGGGCAUUUCUAAUGAGCGAGAAACAGAACUACUUGAAUCCGUUCUACAGCCCUGCGUACUCUGAAAUGCACCCCGUGCUGGAGCCUUCUACACUGCCUUACCAUUUCAAGUUCUGGAGGAACAUGUACCAUCAGUUUGAUCGAUCCAUGCACCCACGUCAGUCUAUCCUAAAAACUAUUCUGACUCUGAGAGAAAACAGCCGCAAGGCAGAGAACACAGUGCAAGCACUGGAGAGUAGGCUCAAACAGCUCGGUGUGACCCCCAGUGUGACACUAGAGCACCCUGCGCUUCCUCCCACCAGAGAACAGCGCUCCAACUGCAACACCAUCCUGUCACGUCCGGACUCCCUCAUACUGGGGGCACCCAUCAACCACAAAGAAGUGCAGCGGCAGGUAGAGGAGGAUGAGCAGGAGGAGGUGGGAGAGGAGGCUACAGAGAGCACUGACACAGAGCGAACAGUAGAGGGCAGCAGUGGCACAGAGAGUAGGAAGCAGAGCUAUGGAGAACUGGAAGGGACAUACAACAAAGAUCUGGCCAAAGAAGAGCCAGCUGUUGUCAAUCUGGAGUUUGGUGUGGCACAUAUGACCUACUAAGAUUAAACAAGGGGAUUAUUAUCACAACCUGAGGGAUAGUCACAGUUGAGAAAGGGUGUUUACAAUAAGUCCAGGUGUGUCAACAGAAGCUUUUGUUCAGUAUGUGAUCAUGUGCUGAUUACACAAUGGUCCUGAAUGAGUCAAGCGGGAUAUGUGGUUUGUCUGUAUAGUCUGAUUUCUUUGGAAGGCCUGGUUGUUAUGUCAUAUACUGCACUUAUAUAAAAAGGCUUGUUUUUUUAAAUGAAUGUUAAAAACCACUAUAGAGAAUUAACAAAUGGAACAGGA